CGCUUCUUGGGGAGACAGAACGUGGGAGACGGUACUGGAGAUGUGGAAGAAGAGAGUUUUCAGGGAAACAUGAGAGGGAAGAGAGAUGAAAGUAUGGUGAAAGACCCUUCAUGGUUGUAUGAUGGAAGGACUUGGAAAGGAGGAAUCCAUAUGCAAUUCUAGACCCUUCCCAUGGCCCAGUCACUCAAAAAUAGAGGCUUCAACUCUGCUCUGGAAACUUGCAGACUGCUUCUCCUCCUAUGAGAAAGCUGCCAAACCCCUUUACACUGAGAAACAAAGCAAUUACAUGGAGAGCAGAAAGCCUGUGCUGGCAUUGAAAGAUGUCCCUCCUCCUCCACAUCAUGCUGCCACCUCCUCCUCAUCUCAACCUUUCCCUCUGGCCCCACUUCCUUUGCCCCCUUCCCUUUUGCUGCCUCCUCAGAUUUCUCAAGACUCUCAACAAAAACCAUCACAACUGCAACGACAAGACAGGGGUAGCCCCACAGUAAGCAUUUGUACUUAUUGUGACCACUGUAACACAGGUGGAUAUGGGGCAUUAAAAGGUGGUGGCAUUGUUGGUAGUAAUGAUAACAAUGGUGGUGUUGUCUCACUCUAUACAGGCCCUAACACUCUCAAACCCCCUAUAAGCAGUAGUAGAACUGGAGCUUGCUCCGUAGCUUCAUCCCUACAUCCAUUCCAACAUAAUGCUGGCCAUGGAUGUGGAGGUGAGGCCCUUGACUCCCUGAACAACACUGAUGGCUAUAAUCUCCAUCUUCCCUCCUCUGUGGCCACCUCCCAGCCUAUGUCAUCCCACUCCUACCUCCCCUGUUGUAUAGGGCUUCUCUCCACCUACCCUACUGUUCCUCUGCCAUGCAGUCAGCCCAGCCUUUUUUCUUCUUCAGCCCCUCUGGCUGCCUCUUUGUCCACUCACCCUGUCCCAGUAUAUGGCUCAUGCCUGGCCUCUUCUGGCUACUACUCCUGCGGUGUCAACUGCAGCCCUACAGCCAGAGGAACCCAGGGAGUCACAGCUCACGGUGACCAACCAACUACCACCACCACUACCACCACAACAACACAUUUCUGCUCUAACGCUAUGCACCUAAAUGUAGAGCACACGGUUUGUCGGAAGGGGUCACACUACUGCCGGGAGUGCUUGUUAAAGCCUGUGAAAAGUCUGAUGUCUGAGCCAGAUAAGGUGUGGCACAAUAUCCCCCUCCCCCCUCUUCAGACUGCCCCCAUACCUAUUUGUAAUGGCUGUGGCACCUCCUCUGACCGAAUGCUGCCAAAGCAACCCUCUGGCCUUGGCAAGAUUGGCCAGAAGUAUGGUUCUCCAGAGAGUUGUGGCCCAGAAAACAUCCCUCCUGUGGGUGUGUUCUGGGACAUAGAGAACUGCUGUGUGCCCAGUGGCCGCUCGGCUGGAGCCGUGGUCCAGCGAAUUCGUAGCCACUUCUUCCAAGGUCACCGUGAGGCAGAGUUCAUAUGUGUCUGUGACAUCAGCAAGGAGAGUAAGGCUGUCAUCCAAGAGCUCAACAACUGCCAGGUGACUGUUGCACACAUUAACGCCACAGCCAAGAAUGCUGCUGAUGACAAGCUUCGGCAAAGUCUACGGCGCUUUGCCGAGACCCACACUGCACCUGCCACUGUUGUACUAGUAUCCUCGGAUGUGAAUUUUGCAAGCGAGCUUAGUGACCUGCGCCAUCGCCAUGGAUUCCAAGUGAUCCUGGUCCAUGGCAGCCAUACAUCCCCAGCCCUACUGCAGCAUGCCCACCGGCAUGUGGCUUUUCAGGAGAUCACUGCUGAUCUGCCUCCACGUAUGCUGAUCAAAACACAGCCCAGUUUCAACCUGCUCUAUGUGCACAACCUUCCUGUCAACUGCGACAAGAGCCUCUGGAACGCUGUGAGGGUCAGGCUCCGCCGCCUGUCAGACAACUGUGGGGGCAAGGUGCUGGGCAUAUCCCAGGGCAUGGCAGUUCUGCGCUUUGGCAGUCUGGAGGCGGCGGAGCGGGCCUGCAAACGCAUGGAAAAUGAGGAUGUUUUCGGCCACCGCAUCAGCCUUUCCUUCUCCCCACGACUGAAGGACGAUAUAAGUCCUGAGCCUCCGUCCCACUCUAUGCCCCAGGCCCAGACUCAACCCCAACCCACUCAGAUCCAGUGUACUCUGUACACCCCUCCCCCAUCUCUAUCCUCCUCGUCCACUUUUCUUCCUUUGGAGAAGCCCAGGUCCCCCCGGAGGCGACGGCGAGCAGCCCGCCCAUGCCACACCCCUGGCCCAGUGGCUGAAAGGCCCUAUAGCCCGAGGAGGGGCUGCAGUGGGCCUCCCGGUGGUGCUCCAGCCAAGCCCCAUCAGGAGCUGGGUAGUGUGGAGGCCAGAAUCAAGACUGGCUUCCACCACCAGGAGCAAAAGCGUGCAGUCUCCUCAUCCCCACAUAGCAAUGGUGAGAUGGCAGUUUUGGAGAAGCUACCAAAGGCUGACCUCAUUGGAGAAUCCAUGUACAGGAGAAGUUAUUCUUUCCACCUUCCAUGCAGCAGAGAGUGCUCCAGUCCUCACAGGUCAGCAGAUUCACCAGUGGAGCGAGGGGACAGGAGCUCUGGGGAGUUCCAAGUCAGCACACCCUCAGCCUUCAGCAAGUUGAACCUCUACAGAAGCUUCAGCCCCCUGGUCCUCUCCCAGGGCUCUUGGUCUUCCAGGAGUGCAUCCCCCUGCCUGUCGAGCCGCUCAUCACCGCUUCUGGCUCCCCCUCACAGCCCUUGUUCUGACAGUCUUGCAGAGCCUUUCUCAGAAGGGGCAGUGGUCCAGGUGGCCAACCUAGACUACAGAAUGUCCCGGAAGGAUCUGCAGCAGACACUGCAUGAAACAUUCUCUCGAUAUGGCAGAGUGAAACUUGUGGAGCUUAGUCCCCACACAGACUACCAGCUGAAGGCAACUGUCCAGAUGUUUUCUUUGCAGCAGGCAAUCAGUGCUGUCAGUGGCAUGCACCGCUAUAAGAUAGGAAGCAAGCGCAUCCACAUGUCUCUCAUCACUGGGGGGAAGAGCAAGUCCCUAACAAUGCUCAGCGCUGAGAUUAUCAACAUUCUUCAGGAUGCACCUGCCAACUGCCUCCCCCUUUUCAAGUUCACUGAGAUCUAUGAGAAAAAAUAUUCCCGCAAACUUGUGGUUGGGGAUCUGUACAAGUUGCCAGAGGUAGUGGCAGUGCGAGAACAGGGUGGAUCCAGACUUGUGUGCCUCCUGCCCAGCAGCCAGACCCGACAGAGUCCCCUUGGUUCAUCCCAGUCCCAUGAAGGUUCCUCCUCAGCCAGUGGUAGCCCUGUGGUGUUUGAGGAGCUGGAGUAUCAUGAUGCUAUUUGUAAACAACACCAUACACAGCAGGAAUUCAGUGAGGCUGACUUUGAUCCAGACUCCUAUAAGAUCCCAUUUGUGGUGAUGUCUGUGAAAACCAUGGCCUCUCAGAUCCACAGUUUGCUGCAGUCACAUGAGGGCACUCUUCCCUUACUCAGUUUCCCAGACUGCUAUGCAGCAGAGUUCAGCCCGCUUCACCUGGCCAAUGAGACUGAGGAGGGCAGUGUUCCCUUGGAGCACCUCAUCACUUGCAUCCCUGCCAUUACAAUUGUCACUGCGCAGAAUGGCUUCAAGGUUAUCAAGUGGAUCAACAAUAAGCCUCCAGCACCUAAUUCUGAGCCAUGGCUGCAACGCUGCAGGAGUCCUGUGGGCAACCCCCAGCUUAUCCAGUUCAGCCGUGAGGUCAUUGACCUGCUGAAGAACCGGUCGUCCUGUAUCAUGCCCAUCAGCAACUUUAUCCCAUCCUACCACCAUCACUUUGCAAAGCAGUGCCGUGUCUCCGACUAUGGCUACUCCAAGCUCAUGGAGCUGCUUGAGGCUGUCCCGCAUGUUCUGCAGAUUCUGGGCAUGGGCACAAAACGCCUGUUGACUCUGACCCAUCGUGCCCAGGUAAAGCGCUUCAGCCAGGAUCUGCUCAAACUGCUGAAGUUCCAAGCCAGCAAACAAGUGGCCAUCAAAGACUUCAUGCAAGCAUUCCAUUGGUGUUUCUCCAGAGACUGGCGGGUGACUGACUACGGAAUCUGUGACCUGAUGGACCUGCUGGUUGAGAUCCCAGACACCACAAUCACCAUCACACACCAAGAUACAGACACUAUCAUCUCUGUCCCUAAGAGAGAGCGUACGGUGGAAGAGAUGGAGCGCACCAAGCAGUUUGCAAAGGAAGUGGUUGACCUGUUGCGUCACCAGCCCCACUGCCGCAUGCCUUUUAGCAAGUUUAUCCCCUCCUACCAUCACCAUUUUGGCCGGCAGUGCAAGCUCACUUACUAUGGCUUCACCAAGCUCAUGGAGCUCUUCGAGUCUAUCCCUGAUGUAUUGACAGUGUUGGACUGCUGUGAAGAGAAGGUGCUGACACUGACUGAGGUUGAGCGCAUCAAGGCGCUGGCGGCCCAGCUGGUCAAGUUGCUGCGGGUUCAGAGGAACUCCAGCUUGCCUGUCAGCCAGCUGCUCAAUGAGUACAGCAAAACCUUUGGCUAUGGCCUACGCUUGCAAGAUUAUGACGCCAGCUCCUUGCCCACUCUGUUGGCCAAACUCUGCCAUGUUGUCAAGGUGAUGGAUGGCACGGAGGGCAAGGAAGUGCAGCUGAUAAACAGGAAGUCUCUGCGUGCACUGACCUGUCAGCUUCUGGCCCUACUCAUGUCUCAGGAUGAUGAGCACACAGCUAACGGUCUAAAGGUGGAGGAUCUGAGCCAGCACUAUAUGGCUUUCCACGGAGCACCACUUAAUCCAUGUGAAUAUGGAUUUAUGUCACUCAGCGAGUUAUUGAAGAGUCUGCCCUACCUGGUAGAAGUGAACCGUAGGGACAUUUGUCAGGACAGCGAAGCUGGCAGCAAUGCUGAAUGUUACCGUGAGGAGUGGGUGAGGCUGACCAGGCUUUACCAGUUUGCCCGUAAUGUACGGGCCCUUCUCCAUACCUACCACUACAACCAAAUCUUCCUGACCGAGUUCCCUACAGCAUACAGCAGAUUUAUAGGCCGCAGCCUUCAGCCGAGCUCCUAUGGCUAUGCCAGCACAGAUGACCUGCUCAGUGCUAUUCCACAGGUUGUCUGGAUCAAAGGACAUGGCCACAAGAGGGUUAUCGUUUUGAAGAACGAUAUGAAAGUAAAGGCAAGCUCUGCUGCCUCUGACAGCCCGCAGCCGGAGGAAAACAAAGAGAGCCCAAGAGAGAGCCCUUUCAGCGAUAUAGAUACCAGAACUCACCGUACAGGUGAUGAUAUGACAGUAGAAUCGGAGCUGCUGUACUUGACCUCUCCAGUAGACCUGCUGUGCGGUCCUGUGCCAUCCUGCCUGCCAUCACCUCAACUCCACCCUGAUCCUGUCCUUCUCCAGCAGACUGACCUCAUUCUCUUGGAGGAAAAUACUCCAGCACCACCAUCCAUAGAGAUUCUCCUUGACUUGGCAGCCCCAGAAGUUGAUGAAAAGAUCAUGAAUCUACCUGAACACAAAGUGGACGAGAAGCCUGACAAUCCAGUGAGCUCUGCAGUUGCCCAGCUUCCACAGCCAUCCAACUUCAAGACCACCUCUUGCGUGGACAGCCCAAGCAGGAGAGCCUCACGCAGCAAAAUCAAGCUAGCUGCCAACUUCUCAUUCCCAGCUGGCCCCUGAGUUUUCACCAUCUCCGAUUUUCUCACCGUUUCACACGCGCGCACUCACACACACAAAUUCUGCUUCAUACACAACUCGGAGUAUAGUUGAUCAGCAAAAGUUACAAUGUAAUUGGUCACAUUAAGCAUUAAUUUUGUCCCCUCUACCAAGCAGGCUGUUGCAUUCUACUGCUUUUUUCUGAGUCACCUAUUGACCUUUCACCUCUCGCCUUGGCACAAACAAAAUGUUCUCAUAGUGUAAUGCUCUUAUGGAUUUUCUGCAACUCUUUAUUUUCCAAAACGUUCUAACCUCUUUUUUGGCUGGUCUUAAUACCCAGCAAAGUUCAGUAGGCUACUGUUAAAAAUUGUGUAUCCAAGGUACCCUUUCUGUUUAGUGUCACGCUGUCUCAUUAAACAGCUGUAGCUGGCAGCAGAAUAUGAAUUCUUAACCCAAAAAUUAGUUAGUUGGCAUUGUAGUAUGUUAAUGGGAGAGCCAGCAGAGAUGUGUAACUUGAGUUCCCCCUCUUCAAGUCCCUCAAAGUCCAGAUGUUAAACCAGCCACACUCUCCGUUUAUUGUAUUAAGGAUUAGCAGAAAAAGUUCUUGGGAAAUUUUUAUGUUCACCCAUUAGGUAGUUAAGAGGAACCUUCAUGUUGCUGCUUGGCUGUAACUCCAGAAAGAAAAUCCAUUUCAUUUAUAACUUCAGGGUUGUUGUUUUUCAGACAGUGUAUGAGUGAUCGAUCAACGUGUUUGUAUAUGUAACUGCCCAUUUAAUUCUUUCUCCUCUUGGGCAAUCUGUAUACAGUAUUUACUCUAUAGAUAUAUGAUCUAGUUUAUCUUGGAGAUAUAUACUCUUGUAUACUGUCUGUGUUCCUCCCGGAAGUCACCAAACGAUGUCAGUAUUUUUUUCCUUUAUUUUAAAUUCCCGAAUAUUUGGUAGUCUACGACCUCUAUUAAUGGCAUAUCUGGUGGCAAUUCAAUGUCAGGACUGAGGUCAAAUGUUGGUCUUGCUGUUCAAAUAGCUUUCUUUCAUGGCAGCUGGUCUUUGAAAAGCCGCUGGGGUCUGAAGAUCUUGAUUGGGUGUUGCAGCCAGCACUUCCCUCAAACAUAGAAGGAAAUUUGAUUCCUGUGGCCUCUUGAAAUUGUGGCAAUGAUUUAUGUUCAUCUUUCCAAGGUCACUCACCCACAGCUUGAAAGAUUGGGUUGAUCUUAAUACUGUCCAAGUUAUUUAGGUGGCAGUAACAUGGUGUCACUGUGUGUCUUUCAGCCAGCUUGUGUUCUUUUAGCUGUACUUUAUCCGGGUGUGGUUUAUACACGAGUAGGUGGUGUGAAAUAUGCAUGGUGUGCAUAAAAAGACUUUAUGCAAGGUGUAAACCCAGGAGGGGGCAGAUGAGAACAAAUGAACACGAGACAUCAAGUCUUAUUUUUAUUUUCCACCACAUUUGAGGGCUCUUGUCGACGUCUCCCUUGUAGUUGCCAAUCUAUUGCUCAAGGUUGUUUGCGUUAACCUUGUUGCUCUUUGGCUUUGCAUCAACUUGUCUGCACCGCCUAAGAUGAGUUGAAGGGAGUGGGAAGGUACUGCUGAGUUUUUUUUUUUAAAUGACUAGUUGAGUGGGUCUGUGUUUUUAGUGGAAUAAGAUGGGGGGUGAUCAGGGACACUUAAAGCCCCUGAACAGGAUGAAUUCACACACACAGGAUCCCCUGUGGCUCUCUGGAAUCCGUCUGGCUUUUACAAUAGCUUGUAUCUGCCAUGAUGCUGAAGGAAUGGCUAUCGGGUGUUUUGAACGCUAACCAGUUCUCUAGCUGGAGAGGGUUUUUACUUAUUGAUGUAUGCAGGUUUUCUUUGUUAUUGCUCUGCCCGAGGCAUUGACGAGAGUACUGGCUGUCAAACUGCCACCAAGCAAUGGCUGCUACCCACAGACAAGGUCAGCAGGACAAGGCACCAUUGAAGUUGGAGGGUUGCUGCUCUUUGUGUUCAUAAUGGAUGUCUUCGUAGAAUGGGUAAGAGCCCAUUUCAUCCAUUUCUGCCCAGUUUCAGAGUUUCCUUGUUUAGCCAUUGUUGUAAACGGGUCAUCGCAGGUUUCCUUAUAUCAAACUUGAUUUGUAUUCGGUGAUCUUAAAAGCUCAAAAUACGCUGCCUGUCUUUCUUUUUCUUUUUUUUUAACUAGGAAUGCUCACUAAUCACCCAGAAUGCCAACUGCCUUUUAAUGAGGAUGUUAAAUUAAAAGUGAGUUAUUGGCCGCAGGCCUCUCCCACAAUGUUUUAAAAACCGUCUGGAAGUUACUUUCAUCAAGACACAAGCAGUUUGGAAUUUGUAAUGAUUCAAUCAUGCUUAAAAUUCUUGCAAAACUGACAAGUAACUCAUUAAAGGGUAAAAUAUGACUUUAUUUAGCUUUCUCUCCUUUGUUAUGGUUACAUCAGUGAGAAGAUAUUAUACCAAUCAAAAUAUGCACUGUUGCAUAAUUUUGUCAGUGGUUUGUGAAAUAUGUAUUUCAAAAUAUGUUGUAGUUGAGGAAGAAAGGGGAAAAAUUGUCAGGCUCUGAGAUUCAAGUGUAUAUCUUAAACACUGUCGCUUUUGUCACAAUUGUUUGUCCUGCUGUUCUGUCUUCUGAUCAGUUCCUCUACUUGAAAUUAUGCCAUGGGAUAAGGUUUUUUUCUUGCUUAAUGUUUCUCUUAGCGAGGCAUCUUCCUCAUGUCCACUUGCUUCAGUGGUGCCAUUCUUCGGCACCACUGAAGCAGGCUGCUUUGACAGUCUGAUGUUGUUGAUGGGACCAAAUUGAUUUCUGUUAAUAAAUAU